GACCGAUGACUAUUGUAUUUGUGAACACAAUAGAUACAGCUUUGGAAGUGUUGGUUAAAAAGUCGAACCAGUUUGCUUCAAGAAUGACUUCUCCCUCAAUUGAUGUGAUCACAUAUGGCGGGAAAGAUAUAGCAUUCAGUAAUUACGGACCAGCAUGGAAAUUACACAGGAAAAUGGCGAGUAAAGCCUUACGAGAGUUCAUGCUAGGAGAUGCUUUAGAGAACAGAAUAUUUGAUGCGGUGGAGACAGCGUUUGUUGAGAUUGAUAAAGUUUCUUCUGGUCCGUUUAAUCCAGAAGAGUACAUCAACUUCAUUGUAACCAAUAUACUAACAAGUCUUUGUUUUGGUGGCAAGUAUGAUUUUAAAGAUGAAGAAGUUCGUUACAUAUUGAAAGUGGAAGAUGACAUGAACGAAAGGUUUUCAACAGGGGUCAUGGAAGAUUUUAUUCCUGGGUUACAAUAUGUGUAUAAAACACGGGGAUUUAAGGAAGUUGAAGAAUUUACACAUCAUGUGAUGGAAGGUUUUCUGAGGAGGAAAUAUAAGGAAGCUGAAUCAACAUUUAACAAAGAUAAAAUGCGACAUUUUGCGGAUAAUUUGAUUCUCGCUCGUAUGGAGGCGGAAGAGGAAGAGGGAAAAGAAGCACUUACAGGAUUUGAUGAAGAUCGCAUUGUUCAAACGCUUGCUGAUAUAUUCUUUGCUGGCGUAGAUACAUCCCGAUUUACCCUCAGGUUUGCCCUGUUACACAUGGUGGCAUUUCCGGAUAUACAACAAAAGGUUCAAGAAGAGAUAGAUAAUGUUGUUGGAAGGGACAGAUUACCAGGAGUUGCAGACCGCCCAAAUCUUGCUUACACAGAAGCUGUUUUACACGAAAGUAUGCGACUUUCAAGCGUCGCUCCACUAGGAAUUUUUCAUCAAGCGUCUUGUGAUACGGAAGUUGCUGGCUUUAAAAUCCCAAAAGGUACAAACGUAGGCAUCAAUCACUGGGCGCUUCAUCAUGAUCCAAACGCCUGGAAUGACGUUGAUCGAUUUAUUCCGGAAAGAUAUUUAAAUGAGGAUGGGAAACUAGGACCAAAGCCGAAGAAUUGGCUGCCAUUUUCGGCGGGAACAAGAGUGUGUCUAGGAGAAUUUGUAGCAAAACCACAGCUACAUCUAAUAUUUGCAAGUUUAAUGCAACGCUACAAAUGGAGAAUGGAGUCCGGAAUGUGUGCAGAUAUCACUCCAGUUGGAUCAGCUUUUCAAGUGGCUUGUAAACCACAUAAAGUCAUUGCUGAAAAGAGAGUUUAACAUACAGUGUUUUGAUAGAUUUAGGAUAAAAAAAGUUAAUAAAUAGAACAGCGGCCUUUAACUGUACACAGCAACAAUCAUUAUAUUCCAGUAAAAAAAUAGAAUAAUUUAUAUCUAAAAGAACUAACAAAUGACAUUCUAAUAGGACAUUGCUGUCACAAAAUAUUUUAACUUUGUUGUGGCCACUGUGAACGUCAUGUGACUGACAGUGCAUACUGUCUGAAAUCAAUUAUUAGACAUACAGGGGAAAUACUUAUAAAUUAGAACGCAUAAUAAUAAUGAUAAUUAUAAUAAAGACUUUAUUUAACGAGUGAACUCAUUUGAACAAACAUAUCAAUCUUCCAUGAGACCCUCAACAAGGAACAAUAUAAAAACAUAUUCAUAAAUGUAUUUUAAAUAAAAACAUAAAUCUAUUUUUACAUACAGGAGAUUAUCAAUUUGUAUAAAUUAGUGUGUGAUAAUAACUCAAGUAUAUGGUUUUUAAAUGGUUCACAGAUGUAGCAGACUUAAUAUAACCAUGCAGGAAGGUCGUUCCAAAUACAAGAUCCAGAAUAAACAAAGUCUUAGGAAAUUGUUCAGUAUUUGGUCUAGGGGUAUAAAGUUGAAAAUCAGAAGAUGAACGCAAAAUGCGAGUAUGAACAUCUGACGAUAAAAUGAAAUUCUUCAAUAAAUAAGAAGGCGCCUGAUUAUUCAUUAUUUUAAACAUCAUAAUAGCUUUUUAAAAAACAACCCCUUGUGAAAUGGUCAUCCAGCGGUGUUUAAGUUUUGGUUUUGUU